AGAACUACAGGCCUGUGCAACGCCCUACACAAUAAGUUGUAACUGUUUUCAGAUCUACAAGCCUGCGCAACGCUCUACACAAUAAGUUGUUACUCUUUCAAGAAUUACAGGCCUGCGCAACGCCAUACAAAAUAAGUUAUAACUGUUUCCAGAACUACAAGCCUGCGCAACGUCAUACACAAUAAGUUGUUACUGUUUUCAGAACUACAAGUCUGCGCAACGCCCUACACAAUAAUUUGUAACUGUUUCAGAAUCAACAGCCUGCUGAACGUCCUACACAUUUAGAUGUAACUGUUUCCGGAACUACCAGCCUGUGAAACGUGCUACACAAUUAGUUUUAACUGUUUUCAGAACCACCAGCCUGUGGACCGUCCUACACAAUAAGUUUUAACUGUUUCAAGAACCACCAGCCUGCGCAACGCCCUUUACCAUUAGUUGUUACUGUUUUCAGAACUACCAACCUGUGCUCUUUCCUACACAGUCUACAACGUGUACGCAUACAGUAACUACAUCCAGUCACCGAACUACGGCUUCAACUAUGACAACAACUUGGACGAGUACUGGCUCCUAAAAAAGCCAGAUGAGGGCGUGGCUAUUGUCAUAGAGAUACAGGAAAUGGACCUUGAGGUACAUCCGGUUUGCGAGUAUGACUACCUUGACAUAUACGACGGUCCGUGCACAAGUUACCCUCGCCUGGACAGAUUAUGCGGCUCAGAGCGUGGCAUCAGUUUUGUUGACGUCACCGGAAGUUACGUCCUCAUUCAUUUCCACACGGACAGCACUGUUCAGUAUAGCGGAUUCUCUCUCUUAUAUUAUAUGAACUACGAACAAGACUUUACAAAUUAUAAUCCUGACCAAGGGGCCUCGGAGGAGGAGGAAGAGGGGACUCCCGUCUGGGUCUACCCUGUCAUAGCGGUCGGUGUUCUCUUCCUGCUUAUAAUAAUUUCCGGCUGUGUCGCGGUUAGAAUGUUAAACACCAGAAAAAGAAGGGUGGGGUCAGCAGCACGCCUAGUUUCUCCUCAAAAGAAACUAACAACUCACGAACUUCUAACGGAAUUAAGGGGCAGAUACGGCUCUAAAGAUACGAGUUCUAAGAUGAAAUGGAAAAAUGCAAAUCACCCUCAGCCUAACCCUGCUGGUCCGGGUGUGAGCAUUAUCAACCGAGGAGGGCAGUCCCCCCAUCCUGCCCCAGGGGCGUUCGGGCCAGGCGCUCAGCUCGACAACCCAGCCUAUCCGCCAAUGUUCCUGGGCGCUGGGGGUACAUCUAUGCCAGGAAAUCAGCCUGUGGCCCCCGCACUUGUUCAGGGCUCCCAGGGUCCAUCCGGGUACGUGGCGUCACAAAUGCGCGUGUCGCCCGGAACCGUCCCUUCUCCGUUUCAGUACAUGACCCCGUCAGAGGCCCGAGAUAAGGGCUUCUACGGAAAUUAAUUAAGUGAAGAAAGACAUUUUGAACGAUUUAUUUAAUUGGAAUAGUGGUAAAGAACAAAUAGUUAUUCUCAGUAUUUAAAUGGCAGUCAAACUGUACUUUCUAACUGAUUUUAUGAUAUAUUAUACAAAUGUAUUGUUGUAUGAGCAGAGUGAUAUUUACAGUAUUCUUAAAUGUUUUAUUUGUAUACAAAAUAACAAUGGUGUGCGAUAAAAUGUAUUAUGUAGAUGUGUUAAAACGUGAUAAACCUGUAAAUGCACCGUGAUAUAUGUGUGUGAUAUACAGUUAUAAUAAGUCGGAGUAGAGUGAAAUGUAUUGCCGUCCAUUGUAAUAGAUUUUAUAUUUUUAAAAUAAAUACUCAGUUAAACAGAUUUUAAACAAAUGAACAGCAUGUACAUGAAGCAAAUGGAAUCAGCCAGUCAGUGGAUAAAUGUCAUGACCCAUGUAGGCUUUCCAGCAUUUUAACUUGUUCCUACUUUUAAAAAGACCUCCGUUUAUUGCCUACCACCAUUUAUUAGUGUGCGAAUACACGUGAUA